AUGGCCGUAACCGAAGUUGGCUGCAUGGGCGUCAAGCCCAACAUGAACAUCAUGGACCAUACCACCCCAGAGGGUAAGAUUCUGACUGAUGCUUGGAAGACUGUCACCAGCAAGCCUGGUGGUCCUCAAAGAGUAUACUGGGGCUUAGAAUCAGUUGAUGCAUCGAAGGUCUGGGGCUUUUUCGACUUUGAUUCCGUCGAGCAGCAUCGUCGGUUUGCUGAAGAAUACGGCGCUGAUGCAGUCAAAGAUAUACCCAAUAUCUGCACGUAUGGAGAGUUCACAAAACAUAUCAAGAUGGUUCCGUCCUCAGAUGUUCUUGGAUCUCCUCUCACAGAGAUUAUACUAGCAUACUUCCCCCAAAACAUCUCACACGAAAAGAAAGAAACUCUAUCGUCCAAAAUUCAAGAGAUUCUCAGAGAAGCGUUUCCUGCUGAUGCCAGAGUUGCUCACGCCUGGGGUGUGGAGAAUGACUUUCCAGCAAGAAGCGAAGAUGGAAAACUAAGAUCAGUUCUCAUGGGCUUUGUUGGACUUUCUCAUUCUGAAGCUUGGGGAGAUCAUCGUCAGACAGAUGGUUGGAAAGAGACACUCUCGAGUAUUGAAGGGCUGGAGGGCUCGAAAACACCUCCCGAAUCUUUCAUCACCACCAUCAGAACCCAGCCUAGUCUUCAUAUGUACCACGGCAUGGCUGAGAAAGCCACCAGUCCAAGUGGUGUUCUCGACCAAGAAUACGAUGCUCCUCGCGAGCCUUCACUAUUCGAUCAGAAACGACGUGAUCGUCUAGAUCCGAAUCGCCCGGCAUGUUUCCCAAGUCGCUCAUCAGAGCUCGGGUUUGUCUUUGCCAUCGUGGGUUCGAUAAUGGUUAGCGAGUAUUUUGUUUCUGGGUUUCCUAUCGUUUUGUCUGCAUUGCCGGAUCCUUCGAAUGAGGCUAGGACGUGGCCUGCUGCUGUCGUCAAUCUUACUGCCGCUGUUUUAAUCCUUCCUUUCGCCAGAAUCUCCGAGAUCCAAGGCGGAAGGUUAAUCUUUCUAGGUGGUCAUGCUUGGUUGAUUGUCUGGUCCAUCAUUCCUUGUUUCAGUCAGAAUCCUACGAUGCUCAUCGCCUGUCGAGCAAUGCAGAGUUUAGGUCCUUCAGCUUUCUUGUCCUCUAGUGUCGUUAUCAUGUCACGCAUUUAUUGUCCUGGUCCUCGAAACACUCUUAUUUUCAGCAUUCUUGGCGCCUCUUCCUGCGUCGGUUUCUACUCUGGUAUUUUCUUUGGUGCGUUGUCUGCUCAGGUGCUUGGAUGGAAAUGGCAUUUCUUCAUCGGUGCAUUCUUCUGUGCCGGUCUCUUUAUCGCUGGCUUUUUGACUAUUCCAAAGAGCAAUGGGGAUCCACGGCCUGACCUUGAGAUGGAUUGGCUGGGUACGGCUACUGUUGCACCGAGUCCUGCGUUGGUGGUUUAUGCAUUGACUUGCGGAGGAAACGCGCCUCGGAGCUCUUUAGCCUUGAUCUUGGGUAGCAUCUUCCUUGCGCUGUUUGUUUACGUUGAGGUAUGGGGGUCCAGUCAACCUCUGGUGCCAUCAGAGGUUUUCGAGACAAAAUGCAUAAGUCGGUUGGUCGUUGCGCUCUUCGUAUCUUAUGGAUCGUUCAGCCUGGUUCUUUUCUACGCUAGCUUCUACAUCGAAUCAGCCCUGUAUAAUGGACCGUUGCUGACCACCCCUUGGUUCAUUCCUCUCGCGGCUGGGGGUUUCAUGCUUGCUCUCGUCGGCGGCUUUGCUCUUCAUAUCCUCAACGGGCGACGACUCCUACUCAUUUUCUGCCUUGGUUUCCUCGGCUCAUUGAUCCUAUUUUCAAUCAUUCCCGACAGCAGAAUAUCAAACUCAUUCCUCUACUCGGCAUUCAUCUUACCCGCCAUGGUUCUUGCAAUGGUUGGGGUAGACAUUACCUUUAACAUCCACAACUUCAUCAUCACAACAUCCCUACCUGAACACCUUCAGGCAGUGGCAGGUGCCUUGAUCACCAGUCUCCUCUACCUAGGUAUGGCAUUUUGGCUGGGUGUUGUUGAGACGGCAACAUCGGCCCAAAAGGAGAAGCGUGCCGAAAGUCUUGAUGGAACAAGUCAAUGUCAGAUGGGGUUCUGGACCGGUACUGGACUGGCUUUGAUUUUCAUCACGGUGCAAAUACAGUCGGCUGAGGCUCAUUUGACGGCUGAUGAGAAGGCAUAG